AAAACAAUACUAUAUUAAGAGAAGCAUCAAAUAUUGUGCUUUACUUUGAAUAUGAAUUUCUGAUACAUAUAGUUCCAAAUUCAUAUCUUUGUCUGAAUCCAAAUUCACAAUAAAAUAUAUUAUGGACAUUCUUGUUUUCAUGAUUUUUGUUUCCUAUUUACUUGCUCACUCUUUCAAACUUUCCAUAGCAGCUGAUUCUCUUGGUUUGUCACAAUCCAUCAGCAAUAAUAAUAAUACCUUGGUGUCCCAAAAUGGAAGAUAUGAACUUGGUUUCUUCACUCCAGGUAACUCUAACAAAACUUACCUUGGUAUUUGGUACAAAAACAUUCCUGUUCAAAAAUUUGUUUGGGUUGCAAACAGAAACAAUCCCAUCAAUAGUACUUCAAACCAUGCACUAUUUCUCAACAGCACAGGCAACCUUGUUCUUACUCAAAAUAACUCCUUUGUUUGGUACACAACAACCAAUCAAAAGCAAGUACAUAAUCCUGUAGCAGUGCUGUUAGACAGUGGAAAUCUUGUGGUAAAAAAUGAUGGAGAAACAAACCAAGAUGAGUAUUUAUGGCAAAGCUUUGAUUAUCCAUCAGAUACCCUUUUAGAUGGGAUGAAAUUGGGAAGGAAUCUAAGAAAUGGUCUUGAUUGGAAGUUAACGUCUUGGAAGAGUCCAGAAGAUCCAUCUGUAGGAGAUGUUUCUUGGGGUUUAGUACUGAAUAAUUAUCCUGAGUAUUAUAUGAUGAAAGGAAAUGAUAAAAUUUUCAGGCUUGGACCAUGGAAUGGUUUACACUUUAGUGCAUUACCAGAACAAGUUUCAAACCCUUUUUUGAAUUAUGAGUAUGUUUCCAACGAUGACGAAAUCUUCUUUAGAUAUAGCAUCAAGAUCAAUUCUGUUAUCUCAAAAGUAGUUGUAGACCAAACAAAACAACAUCGAUACGUAUGGAAUGAACAAGAACAUAAAUGGAAGAUAUAUAUAACAAUGCCUAAAGACUUAUGUGACAGUUAUGGUCUUUGUGGACCUUAUGGAAAUUGCAUGAUGACCCAACAACAGGUUUGUCAAUGUUUUAAUGGUUUUAGUCCAAAGUCACCACAAGCAUGGAUUGCAUCUGAUUGGAGUCAAGGAUGUGUGCGCGAUAAACAUUUGAGUUGCAAUCGCAAUCACACAAAUAAAGAUGGGUUUGUCAAAUUUCAAGGCCUAAAAGUUCCAGAUACUACACAUACUUUGUUGAAUGUUACUAUGAGUAUUGAGGAAUGCAGAGAAAAAUGUUUGAACAAUUGUUCUUGUAUGGCUUAUACAAAUUCAAACAUAAGUGGAGAAGGGAGCGGUUGUGUUAUGUGGUUUGGUGAUCUAAUUGACAUAAGACAGUUUCAAGAAGGUGGACAAGAUCUCUAUAUUCGGAUGUUUGGUGCAGAGCUAGACAACAUUGAAGAACCUGGACAUAGACACAAAAGGAACUGGAGAACGGCCAAAGUAGCUUCGGCUGUUAUUUUAAGUUGCGGGGUGAUUUUGGUGUGCAUUUAUUUCAUCUUCAGAAACCAGAGGAAGACUGUAGAUAAACAACCAGACAAAUCUGAAAGGCAUGUAGAUGAUCUUGAUCUGCCAUUGUUUGAUCUGCCAACAAUUUCCACUGCAACUAAUGGCUUCUCAAGAAACAAUAAAAUUGGCGAAGGUGGUUUUGGAACUGUGUAUAAGGGAAAACUAGCCAAUGAUCAAGAAAUUGCAGUUAAGAGACUUUCAAGCAUCUCGGGACAAGGAAUGACCGAGUUCAUAAAUGAAGUAAAGCUAAUUGCAAAACUUCAACACCGAAAUCUAGUAAAGCUGCUAGGUUGUUGCAUUCAAGGACAACAGAUGUUGAUUUACGAAUACAUGGUUAAUGGUAGCCUGGACUCCUUCAUUUUUGACAAUGACAAGAGUAAAUUGCUAGAUUGGUCAAAGCGGUUCCAUAUAAUUUGCGGAAUUGCAAGAGGGCUCGUGUAUCUUCACCAAGAUUCCCGAUUAAGGAUUAUCCAUAGAGAUCUCAAAGCAAGUAAUGUUUUACUCGACGAUAAUUUGAAUCCAAAAAUAUCAGAUUUUGGAACAGCUAGAACUUUCGGAGGAGACCAAUUCGAAGGAAACACAAAGAGAAUAAUUGGAACUUAUGGGUACAUGGCACCAGAAUAUGCUGUUGAUGGAUUAUUUUCGGUGAAAUCUGACGUUUUUAGCUUCGGCAUUUUAUUAUUGGAGAUUAUAUGUGGCAAAAGAAAUAGAGCAUAUUAUCACACAGAUGGUACUCUUAACCUUGUUGGCCAAGCAUGGGCAGCGUGGAAAGAGGACAGGGCUUUAGGUUUGACCGACUCAAACAUUGAUGAGACGUAUGUUGUAUCAGAAGUAUUGCGUUGUAUGCACAUUAGUCUCCUGUGUGUACAGCAGAAUCCUGAAGAUAGGCCGACCAUGGCUUCUGUAAUUCUAAUGUUGGGGAGUUCUGAGAAGGAAUUAGGAGAACCUAAAGAACCUGGUUUCAUUUCCAAAAAUGUUUCAUCUGAAACAAAUUCAAUCACAAAUCCAAAGGGUUGUUGUAGUUCAGUAAAUGAAGUGACCAUUUCCUUAUUAGAUGCUCGAUGAAACUAUUUUCCUCGAGACAUAUUCCACUAAUUAUAUAUGGAUGCACGUUAAAGUCUAUAUCGUAAGGUGAACUUAUAGUCUAGUUAUUUUUGAAGUAUUGUUUUGUAUUUUUUAGUAAUAUAUGAAAUGAUACACACAUACCAGAAAAGGUAUCAGUUAUGCUAUAAAUGAGGUAGGAUUCUCUCAAGUAGAUUAUGAUUUGAGCUUACAAAACUUACUAACUCAAACAGUACAAUCAUUGUACAAUAUGUAGAUGAUUUUCAAUCAAGUACAAUUAAAGUA